CCAAGUCUUCAUUCACCUGAUGCAGAAGACAAGCAUCUGCACGAGACGACGCCCAACAUUACAACUGAGGAAGAGAAUGCCUCUAGAGAUGCCGAGAAGACACCUGUUGAGGUUGCAGCCGAGAAAGAAGCGGGAUCUGGCCUUCAAUCUCCAUCUUCACUAAAUGGAGCUACAAGUGUGACUGAAGAUGGAGAAGGUCAAGAGAAGGUCGCCGACCAGGACAUCGAUGAAGUUAAGAAGGAGGCAUCUCUGGGUUCAGUCUUAAAGGCCUUUUUAGUCUCGACGUUUAACCCUAAAAAAGGUGAAAAAGAGUCGGAAUCGCUGACCGAUGACACCUCGCCGCAUACAGCUGGAGGAGGUGAGGAAGUUUUGGGCCACGUAGCAGACGAGAGGGAAUCAAAGAUCGGUACCGAUGCCUCGUCUGCUGAGCAAAAAUAUGUUCCCACAGAGCAUUCUCUAGAAACAGGGCUUGAAGGUUCGCAGCCUAGCUCAUCAGAGGAGUCUAAACCAGCGCAGGAAACUGUCUUCAGGAAGGAUUCAUUAUCAGAAAAGAAAGACGACCAGAACGAGCCUGAUGAGAAUUCGAGUAAAUGCCCUGAAUCCGCCCCAGGUGAUACCGUAUCGGCGGAUCCGUUAGUUGGGCGUGAGGAGCAGCAAGGAACAGAAGAACCGCGCGGUCUUCCGCCCACCGUCACAGACGAUGGUAAAGAGGACGAUGUCGUCUCAGACACCAACCGCCAGCUGGAGGACUCUGAAGUUGCAGCAACCACUGAGGAAAAAGCAGAAGAUAAAACACCGGUGAAAACUGUAAGUCCAAAGCGGCAUGAGCAGAAUGUGGCAGAAAACACACGGACGGUGGAGGAGCAAGAAACGAUGGUCCUGGAUUCCUUCGCCCGUGUUAUUGUGCCAGAAAUCAGGAUAGAAGAUUAUUCCCAAAUGCCCAUGGAAGUUAUCCAUCCCGCACCCCGCACUAUGGCUUCAACGCCAGAGGUCACUGAGCAGGGGAAGGAUCAGAAGAGUGCUCCUCUAGAAGAUUUGACAAACCCUGUACAAGCUGCAUGCGAUGAGACUGAGACAUUUUGA